AUGCCUCACAUCUUGCCACGACGGCGGCGACCACGACUUCUCUGCAUUGCCUUCACUUGUUUCUCUCUUGCAGCUCUUACUGUACCAGCAGGCGCUAUCUGGCCCUUCUCACCAAAGCGGUUUACUGGAAAUGCACUUGUGGCGGCUGGGUCGAUGGGCUUGGACAGUGAUCAGAGAGUUGUCGCGUUUGGAGACUUUAAUGGGGAUCAAUUCGUUGAUAUCAUGACGCUGGACGAUGACCAGCACACCCUUUCAGUAUAUCUUUGGAACCAUGAGAGCUACAUCUUCCAACGCUCUGCUUCAUUUCGCCACCCAAAUCGCAUUUAUAACGUCGUUCCGGGUGACUACACCCAUGAUGGUACUCUCGAUGUACUCGUCAUGUCACAAAGCUCGACGACAAACCAACUCGCUCUGUCCCUUUAUCCUGCAAAACCUGGGGGUGGUUUUGGUAUGUACCUUGAUCCAAUAUCCCUUCCAUCGUCAAGUACCUCGCAACCUAUACCCCUCGACAUCGAUGGAGAUAUGAAGAUUGACCUCCUUGGACUACGGCCCGAUAAUCCUACGAAUUUGAGGGUGUGGCAGAAUAUAUGGAACGCCUCGGAUUCGUCGAAGGACGUGUAUAAGAUUAUCGACCCUCCAUUCGUCGGCUCAGGAUGCAGAGUCUCUAAUCCCCAUAGUAAUGCUGUCGUCGAUCUCAAUGGAGAUUGUCUCGCGGAUCUGUUCCUCAUGUGUGAUGACGCUUCUGGACACAAAUCGUAUCAAGUAUGGAUCAACAACAAGGACGAGGGAUUCUCAUUAGCCCAGAGUGGUCGGCUUCCAGAUGGGACACAAUUUGUUUCCUUCGCAGAUAUGGACCGAGAUGGGACGAUGGACCUUCUCAUCACAACUUGCUCCUCCGUCUCACCGAGUACUGGUCUCGGAACGGGGUGUUCGCUGAACAUUGCUUACAACAAGCAACUUCCACUUUGCGCCUCGACCUCAUCAUCAUUUUGGUCUUCGCUUGGACAGAACGAUACGGCUACCGAUGGGAAGAAAGUCUGUCGAAAGCCCGAAGAGCUAUGUACAGCAGAUCCACACUUUGAGUUCGCGUUUGAAGGCUCGGUACGUAAUUCUACCUACGUGUCACUUCCGAUCUCCACACUUUUCCUUUCUUCAUCGCAAUCACUACUUGUGCUGGAUACCUCAACUUCACCGUCAUUACCCACCGCUCCCCGUCUCGGAGACGCCAAUCUGGACGGCUUCCCUGAUCUUCUCCUCAUCACUGGAACAAAUUCAGACCGUACGCGCAAAGCACAUUUGAUAUUAUCUGAGCCAUGCGGAGGAUCGGGUGUUUUGGGGUGUAAUGUCGAUGGGGCUAGGAGAGGAUGGAAGGAGGUCAAGAAAGAUGUUGGUGAUUUUGACACCGUGGCAGAUGCGCGAGGAGUUGCUUUCUUGGAUAUGGACGAAGAUGGCACGCUCGAUAUCAUGGUACAGCGGACGGGAGAACAGGGACAGGGGAACAUCCUGUUUGUUCAGAAUAACUUCUACUAUGACGCAUUUUUCAUGAAGGCGAUCGUACUGAACGGAGUGUGCACGUCCGGGUGGUGUACAGGAUCCAACGGCGAACAAUAUCAUCCCUUCGGUGUCAGCUACUCUGGAGCUACCUACAAGUACACCGUGCUAGACACGUCUGGCCGACGAUCAGCCGCACAAAUCGCCCAACUUCCUCAAACGUCCUAUCACUCCCUCAACACACCCUACGCCUUCUUUGGCCUCGGACGUACGAAUAACUACAUCGAGAAUUUUUUUGCGGGGUCAACGAAGCACACACCACAACACUUCAUUAACCUUGAGAUGGUCAUUCCCAACUCGAAGAUUGUGAUCAAUCCCAAUCCAGUAUCAGCGGAUGGAGAGGACGGAGGGUCGGCGACGUGGAGGAGAGAGUUAUAUUUGAGGCCGGGGGAAUGGAUUCCUUGGGUUGGGGUUUCCGUCGUGGCGACGAUGGUGGGGUUAGCCGGCGUCGUCUUGGUUCUGCAUUUGAACGAGAAGAGGGAGGACGAGAUGGAGCGGAGACGGGCUUCACAUCAUAUUAACUUCGAUGCGCUGUAG